AUAUAGUAACGCUGUCGCGGAAGAUGGCGAGCGCGCCGUUUUAUUUGCUUUAAAUUAGUCCGUCGUGGAGAUUCGUCAUAAUGACGGGUUUGGUCGCAACAUGUCUCGUGCUUGGAAUCGCCUCUCUUUUUUUUUUCUUUGUAGUAUGUCUAGUCUGCAGCUUCCUAUCAAAAUUCUACAUGCCCUUCAAUUUCAAUGGUCCACUCAGGUAUGCUGCUUUCGUUUGUUCCAGUUGGUACGCGUUAUCCUUGCAGGAAUAUUGUUAUAUAGUCCACAUCAAGGUGGUUGUCGUUAAUGUCCAGCACCACAGUAUGCGCUACGGCCACGGCCAUGAAUCGAGCGACUUGAUAGGUGAGUUGAGGACAAAGAACACCAUCGCAGCUUAAUAGUCAUCAUAAUAAACAAGAUCGGCAUGCGGUGCCUUCGCCUUGAGUUGA